AUGUCAAAAAGCAAACAUGAAAAUAUUAAAGAAGAGACUGAGGGUAAUAGCGACUUAAUCCCCAUUUGGCAACGAACAAAAUUGUCAAUUUUUUCCAGAUGUUUUUUCUUCGGCGUCAUUUAAUAAUGUGCAAAGCUUUAUUAUAAAAUAUUUUUUAAUGUCUAAAAGCAAAAAAUUGUUUUUUAUAUAUCUUUAAGUGCUUCUACUUAUAUAUUAUUCUUAUUUUCAAUUUAAUGACGAACAAAUAAAAUGCUCAAUAUCAUGGUAAGGUUAGAAUUCUCUGGAAGCAGGAUUAAUAUGAAAAAAAAUCAAGUUUUUGAAAGCAGAGAAAAUAUUGAAAAUAAUGGCUCUUUUAAUAUAGAAGCCGAAAGUAGUCUUUCCGAAAAAGAUGCCAUUGAGCUUCAAAGAUGCAUUGAUAUUGCCAAUAAAUCUUUAGAAAACCAUGAAUUUGGGAAAUCUAUAUCUUUCCUAGUCAAAGUUUGCAAUAUUCAACCAUCAUCUACACACUUUCAGUUGUUAAACAAUGCAAAAGAUAGAAAAGAAGAGCACGAGCGUAAAAUAAGAGAAAAAGAAGAGCUGGCAAAAAAGAAAGCAGAAGAUAAAAGAAAGCUUGAUGAAGAAAGGCAAAAUAUAUGUCGGCGAAUAUUAAAAGCUAAAAAUAUUUAUGAAGCUUUAAAUAUUGGGGCUGAAGAGUCAGAUAAAAAAGUUAAAAAAAUUACGAGAGAGAUUCUUUUAAAAAUAGACCCAAAUAAAAUAAGCGUUUUGAAUCCUGGCGAUUUUAAAGCAGCAGUCCAGAAGUUGAAUAGAUUUAAAGAAGGCUUUGAAAGAAGAAUAAAAAUCAAAUUUGUUGAGAUAAACUCUCAGAAUGAACGAGAAAACCAGCCACUAGCUAUAGAAGAUGAAAAAUCAGAAGAAAGCAUUGAUGAAUUCAGUAAUUCAGAUGAUUCUGGAUGAGCUGAAGAAGAAAGGGAAUUUAAAUUUGAAGAAGUUCAGAAAAAGAAAAAGGGGAAAAAAAUAAAUUUUUUUGAGUCUCAACCAUAUCAAGAGUUAGAUGACUUUAUUUUGAAUUUUAAUCAAUAUAAUCUUGAAGCUCCUCCUCAAAUAAAAAAAAUUUCAGAUGAAUUUGAUAAUUUUGAUCAGUAUAAAGAAGAGUUUAAAGCAGCUUUUUUUUUAGAAGUGCAAGAAAUUAUUAAAAAACAAAUUAAAGAUAUAAACAAAUUCAAGGUAUACGAUUUUAUUUUGGAAGAAGAAAGGUGAGGCUAUAAAGUUUCGCAUUCAAAUGAGAGUGUUUUAACUAAAAAUUUUUAUGAUGAAAUACAGGCAAAUGAUUUGCUGCUACUACUCCCUGAUAGUGGAUUUGGGUUUCAAAUGUCAGAUGAGAUAUUAAUUUCAAAUUAUUGAUUAGGAAUUGCAAGGAAAGACAACAAAAGUGGUUCGAUUUCAAUAAAAGCGCAGCAAUGUGGCAAUUCUCAACUGAAAUUUAAUAUAGUGAGCCUGGGAAACUUAACCACACUCAGAAGAGAAUUUUUGAUUUUUAGCAAGACUGGAGAUUCUUUGCUAUUGGAUUAUAUAUUAUUUCCUAAACCUCCAAGAAUAUUAUCAAAUCCAAUUGUCUCAGAGCGUUUUCUUAAUACCAUCAAGAAUAAAUUUAAUCAAUCACAAUUUGAAGUCCUUUAUUAUUCAUUUUGCAUGAAUGAAGGGAUUUCGUUAGUUCAAGGCCCCCCAGGAACAGGAAAAACUUCAGUAAUUCUUGGUCUGAUUUCAGGAUAUUUGUCAAUCGAUCGUUAUUCAAGGCCAAAAAUUUUAGUUUGUGCUCCCAGCAAUGCAGCCAUUGACGAAAUCGCCUCUAGAGCUCAUAACAAUGGACUAUUUGAUGAAAAUGGAGAUCAGCUGCAAGAUAUUCCAAUGCUUAGAAUUGGCCAAAAAAGAUUUAAAAAUGAGUUAGGAAUAGUGGAAAAUGUUAAUACAAAAGAAAUCCCUGUAAGUGUUAAAGAAAUCUCAUUAAAUUACAUAAUAGAAGUAGCGUUGAAUGAAGAAGGAUUGAGAGACCCCACAAAUGAAAUUAAAGAAACACUAAUAGAAUUCGACAGUUUGCGUGGUGAACUAGAGGAAAUGGCUAAAAAAGGAAAUGUGAAGGGUGAAAAAUUUAGAAACUUAAAAUGAAGCCUUAGCCUUUUGGAAGAUAAUCUGAAUCAGCUAUAUGAUGAAAAGAAUAGAUAUAUUGAGCGUCAAAAAUCAUUGAAGAAAAAAUAUAUCGGAGAAUCGGAUAUUAUUUUUUGCACAUCAAGCACGGCUGGUUCUCUAGAUAUGCUGUCUGCAUUCGCAGUUGAUGAUAAUGGAAUUUCAAUAAGAAAAUUUGACUUUCUUAUUAUUGAUGAAGCAUGCCAAUCUGUUGAGCUUAACAUUUUAAUCCCUUUUCUGUAUGAUACUUCGACUGUUAUUUUAUUUGGAGAUCCAAAGCAGCUUCCGGCAACAACUUUUGCAGAUGCCUCAAAAACAAACGGAUAUAACCGAUCACUAUUUGAAAGGAUGGAAGAUUGCAAGUUUGAACCUUUGAUGCUUAAAACACAGUAUAGAAUGAUAUCUGAGCUUUGUGAGUAUCCUGCUACAUAUUUUUAUGAUAACAAACUAAAAUCUGAUCCUAGUGUUGAUAGGAGACAAAUGCCACCUGGCAUAAAGAACCCAGGCUUACGAUUUUUUAACUUAGUAAAUUCAAUUGAAACUCAGGCAAGUGAUGGGCAUAGCUUUUACAACGAAUAUGAAGCAAAUUAUAUCGUUUAUGAAUUGCUUAGGGCGAGAGGAUUAUCGAUAGGUAUAAUAACACCUUAUAGAGCGCAAGCUGAGCAUAUAAAGAAAUUGCUUGGGAAUAGAUUUGGUGAUAGCUGAAGGCACAGAAUUGAAGUGGACUCUGUUGAUGGAUACCAAGGAAGGGAAAAAGACUAUAUCAUACUUUCUUUAGUAAGAUCUGAAAAUAUUGGAUUUUUGAGUGAUAGAAGAAGAAUGAACGUAGCUAUUACCAGAGCUAGGUUUGCAUUGAGUAUUUUAGGAAAUGCUCGUUGUUUAAGGCAAAAUAAUGAUUGAGAUGACUUAAUAGACUACUACGAUGGCAAAAGCAAACUGAUAACUAUUGACUAUGAUCCACAUUGGGGAAACCCAAGAGAUGGAGUAUAGAGCUUUACCCGGAGUAGCCCUAUAAGGGCAGAUAAUUCCCGAUGGAAUCAUCGAGUUUGUCAACCAAAAAGUGAGUUGGUCCACCAACGCACUAAGUUGGUUGGACAAAUUCGAUGACUCCACCGGGAAUCAUCCAUCCUUACGGGGCUAUACAGGGUAAAACCCUAUAUAUCAUUAUUAUAGUGAUUUUUUUGAAAGAAUCAAUGAGGAGCAAAAAAUAAAUACGACAAUUCCUCAAGCUUAUGGAAAUAAAAUUCUUGAGGAAAAGAAAUCAAGCAAUAUAGAGAAGGUGGAGGCUCCAAAAUUAGGAUAUAAAGAAGUAAGUAUUGACGUUGACGUAACUCGUAGAAGAAAAGAAGAAAGAAAACGCAUAGAAGAAGCUAAAAUACCUCCAAAAGCAACAAAUACUAACACUAUCGCAAUUAAUAAGCAAAAAGAAGAAAGAAAAAAAGCAGAAGAAGCUAAAAAUAUUCCAAGAGUAGAUAAGCAAGCUUCAGCAAAGAGCAAUACAUUGCCGAAGAAGAUCCCAAAAAUGACAAAUGCAAAUAUAGGUGGAGGAUUUUGGAAUAGGCGUAAAUAA